AUGGGGAACGUUGUUUUUGGUUACAUUGUUAUAAUAAUAAGCAUAGCUGUAGUGGCAUUCAACCUUUACCAACUGGGCUUGGCUGUUACUUCGAAGGACGAUAAUGAACACGAAGCCAAAUUCGGAAACUUUGACAAAUUGGAAAGUAUAUUCGGGGAAGGGAAGAGAGAUCUUGUCAGGCUUAUAGUGAAGAUAUACUAUUUGUCUUACAUCGUAAUUGGACUGUUGUUGUUUAUAUUUGCGUCGAUUUUCACUUGCGGAGCUUACAAGGUGAACAACUGCCUAGUCACAACAUUCUUCGUGUACAGUUUCUUUCAUUUGUUUUUGACGAUUGGGCUUCUUGUGUGGGAAGCCAUUACGGCGGGAUGGAUUCAACUCGGCUUAAUUUUGUUAGCUGAUUUACUCCUCAUAAUUUGCUUAAUCAGUGUCAAAUACUUAAUGGAAGCAAUCAGGAAUGGCAACAUCUACAGUCGACCGGGUGAAGAGAAGUAUAAAUAUUGA